AUGAAGCCGCCGAGCCCCGACAUCGUCAAGAUCAUCCACCAAUACGAGCCGCGCGUCAAGUACAUUGUCGGGUCGCCCCUCAACGUUUACGACCAGAAGCGCGCGGCGCUGCGGAGAGCCGUCGUCUGCUUCAUUGUGACGUCGCGCGGGCCCGGCGCCGACUCGCUCGACCAGAAAAGCUCCCUUCUCACCGCCGUGUGCCGACGCAUCGUAUCACCCAAAGUGCCGAUUCUCACCCAAGUGCUCUCGACCGGCAGUGUCCAGCACUGCGUCAUCUCGGGCGCCACCACCGCCUUUAGCAUUGAACAGAUCAAGCUCGCGAUUCUGAGCAAGUCCAUCUUCGCGGUAGGAGCCUCGACGUUGAUCUCCAAUCUCUUUACGACCGUGUCGCCGGCCUUCGAGCUGCCGCGCGGUGCCGCUCCGUGGGAAGCUGCCUACUUGCACGGGUACCGACACGAGGUCUACCUUCUCGAGAUCCCGUCGCAGUACGCCGAUCUCUCGUACGGCGAGCUCAUUCUGUUUCUGUACCAACGCUUUCGCAUCAUCUGCAUUGCGGCAGAAUCGGGUGACGGCCCCCACUUUAUGCACAGCGACCACAAGCUGCCGCUCUACGACGACCAGACGUGCCACGUGUACGUCAUCGCUGCCGGGUCGAGCGUCAAAGACGACGUGCGCAAGGUCACGCUCGACGAAGUGCGCACGUUCCAGUGGGAGCUUCACUUGACCGAACCGCGCGCCCGCACGCGCCAGAUCGUUCGGUCCGCGCACGACAUUGAAGCGUCGCGCCAGCGCAUUGAGGCCAAGAAACGCCAAAUGCUCAAGAUGCCAGUCUUCAUGAAGUACCUCGCGACAACACGGACGAGCCAGGCGAACGCGGCUGUCGUGGCCGUACGGAAAACAACGCGUAGCUACAGCCUUAACAGGGUCAAGUCGCUCCAGGACGCCGAGACGCCGUUCGAGCUCUUUCUCGCCAAACCGCUGCCCGACAAUCUGCGCCGGCACAUCAUAUUGAUUGGCAUUCCCUUCUCGCUCUUCGACGUCGUCACCGCACUCAAGGCGACCAAGACAGACAUGAAGGACCACGACCAGGCGAUCGUCAUCAUGUCCCAGCACCCGAUGACCGAGGCGCAGUUCAAAAGCAUUUUUUGGUUCACCAGCACGAUCUACUUUUACCAAGGCUCGGCGCUCAGCGCGUCCGAUUUGCAGCGCAUCUCGAUCCAGCUGGCACGCGCCAUCAUUGUCCUUGGCGCGGGAAGCACGGACCGCAAGCACUACCUUGACGACAACAUGGUGGACGCGGACGCGAUCACGACCGUCCGCUACAUCGUCGAGGCCUGUCAACGCAACAAGGUCAAGCCCAACAUGGUCGUUGAGCUCGAGAAGGCGUCGAACGUCAAGUUUCUCAGCCGCAUCGUGCAGACGCAUCGGGGCGACCCGCCGUCGCCGACCAUGAGCCCCGUCCGAAGCAUCAAGCACGAGCUCGCCGAGGAGCACUCGGAAGGCAACAACACGCCGCUGCCAGACCUGCCGCACAUCUUUGAGCCGCCGUACGUUUCCGGUCGCGUGUACGUGAGCGGGAUCAUUGACCGCGUCAUGAGCGAGUGGUACAAGAAGCCGUACGUCGUGCCGAUCCUGGACAUGCUCUUGCAUGGCCACACGGCCGACAUCUCCAAGCAGCGCCAAUUGUUCCAGGCACCGCUGCCAUUCGCGCUCUACGGCAAGACCUUCGCCGAGGCCUUUCGCAAGCUUCUGAAAGCGGACGUCAUUUGUAUCGGACUACUUCAUGGCUGGUGCGGCACGAGCUUUGUGUACACAAACCCACUGCCCGACACCGUCCUCUCCAAAGACGACCGUCUCUUUCUGGUGGGCGAGCCCGGCGACAUUGUCAUUGCCUAGUCGAUCAACGAUUUAUUUAUCCCUGGUCGAGUCGUCUAUCCUGUUUAGUUAAUAGU